AUGCAUGCUAAGACAGGAGAAGUAGAGGCAUUUCGAUUUAAAGGGAAAACUCAGCUUGGUCCUCAUCAAAGAGUACUUUGGAAUCCACAAUUAGCUCUCUAUUUGGUUGUGACAGGCAAAACCAUUACCGUUAACAGACAAAUAGAUGAUCAACGGGUAGCUACAGUGGUGCUGAAAGACGUUGACCAGGUCUUUGCAUACCAAUGGGAUCAAGAAACCGGCAAACGGUUCGCUGUUUUUUACCGCAAUGGAAUCGUUAAAAUCUACGAUUGUACAACGGCAGGUGGACAAUUGCAAAAAGUGGUGAACAUAACAGAAACACAAAACAAAGCUUUGAGCUCUGCCGUAUGGGCAAGAGUGGCCUGGGAAACGUUUUCUGACACUUACGCGGUGCUCAAUGUCGACGUGGCCGCUUUGAUGCCGGAUAUGGUUCGAAUUGUGAGAGAUUCUAAGCAAGUCAGCAUGGCACCAAUGGGACCUUGGGGCCCGGACUUGAGCGUCCCAGAGGCUUCUGUGAUCCUGGCACACAGCCAAGAAGACCGCUGCUACUUGCUCACAGUGGAUGACUUGGUCACAGUGCGCUUUAGCAGCGAGAUCGACCAAAUGUGCAAGAUUUUGCCGCCCAGGUCCAAACACGGUCCGUUCGUGGGCGUUGCCCGUGACGGAACUCUUGAACACAUACGUCUGCAGCUUACAGAAGUGCCGCUUAUGCGCGAGCUUGUCAAAAACUCUGGUUACGUGCGGUUUUUGUGCGAUUAUCUUGCCGACCACAUCUCAGUGUGCAAAUCAGACCUAAUAGAUCCAUUUGCCCAGUUUUUAGCACGUCUAAAGUCCGCAUACAGCGGCUCGAAUUUGUACACCCAGCUAUGUGAGGUUCUUGUGUCUGGAAGUGUUGAUCCGGCGUUAGAAGACUGGUUGUGCAACAGUGUGGGCGACAAAAAUUAUAAACGCUGGAAACAGCUUUCGACAAGAAUGUACGGGGACCUGAACAACGUGCUGACACUAGCGGUGGUGCCAGCCUGCGAGCGGCUCAUCUUGGCAUGCGAGAGAAUGCAGGGAAUUCACAAGAGUCUCAAACUGCAGAAACUGAAGGAAAUUGGCGAAUUUGACGCUACAAAGUGGCCCAGCCCAGAGGUUGACGUUUUACUUCAAGAGUGCCAGAAGAUGCUGACAGAUACGCUGCGCCUGGUGGCAGAUCUGAAUGCUGAAGCUGCACUACACACGACUUUUCAAGAGUGGUUUUACGACGUAGUGAUGGAAUGUGUGGAUGAAGACUACAAGAGGAAACCAAGCGUCGAAAACCAGAAUGGCAAUAGUGCAGUGCAAUUAGAGCGGUAUCUCAACGUGGGCUGGAAUAGCUCCACCGCUUCUUCCACAGCUCAUGGUUUAGACUUGUUGGCAACGCGCGCACGUGACCAGCUGGUCACGUGCGCAAACGAACUUGAUCGACUUUACACGAAACCGUGGAUUUUAGAGCUAGUCCAAGUGAAUUGCACCGGCGCAGCGGAACCACAUAUGCAGGUAUGGGAUGCUAUUGUGGACGAAACUGAUGAUGAUGCAGACUGCGUUUUCUUGGCGAGUCAGAAGGUUAUGUGUGCGCCAGAUCACGAGAGCAGCAGCACUUCAAUUGUUUCCAUUACCCGAUGUCCUGGUCCCAGUAGCACUACUGCCAAUAAUAUCACAAUGGAAUGGGAUUUGAACUCAGAUCUAAAAACUUCCUCGUCCGAUUCCACUGACUCAAAGAUAUGCGAUGCCAUAUUCAUCACGUCCCACGGAGAGCCCGAUGCAAGAGCUCCAGCUCUGGUCGUUCUCCACGGCAGCAACGAUACCUCUCUCACUACACUGAAAUUACAUCGGUCAUCGCUGGUGCCAACAAGUUUCACGCUGACAGGUUCCACCCAGCAACUGCAGCAAGGAACAAAUUUGUUCGCCGCCGCUCCCGCCACCAAGAUCAACGCCUGUUUCCCGGGUACUCUGCUGUCUGUCCACAACAACUCUGCAAUGGCAGUCUACGAAAUGUCAUAUGACCAGCACAGAUGUGGUGGUCGAGCACCAUGA